GAGAUGAUCAAGGCUGGUAUCCUCUCCUUGAAGGACCGUAACGGUUCUUCCCGUCAAGCUUUGAAGAAGUACAUCCACGCCAACUACAACAUCACCGCCGCCAACUUUGACUCGUUGUUCAACGUUGCCUUGAGACGUGGUGUUGCCAGCGAAGUGUUCAUCCAACCAAAGGGUUCUUCCGGCCCAGUCAAGCUCAACAAG